CAAAUCAAUUCUUUGAUUACAUGGUCAUGAUGACCAUUGCGCUAAACUGUGUCUUCCUCGGCAUGACCGAGCCCAUAGAAGAAGCCGAAUAUAUCUUCCUAGCAAUUUACACAGCAGAGAUGGUGAUAAAGUCUAUAGCGAAAGGCUUUAUACUGAACAAGUACACAUACCUUCGAAAUCCAUGGAAUUGGCUGGAUUUUGUCGUGAUAACGAGCGGUUACGCGACCAUUGGAAUGGAGGUCGGCAAUCUGGCUGGUUUGAGAACAUUCAGGGUACUCAGGGCGCUCAAGACCGUCUCCAUUAUGCCGGGCCUCAAGACCAUCAUCAACGCCCUCCUACACAGCUUCAAACAACUCGCCGAAGUUAUGACUCUGACCAUAUUCUGCCUGAUGGUCUUUGCUCUAUUCGCUCUCCAAGUGUACAUGGGAGAACUGAGGAAUAAGUGUGUUAAGCAGCAGGAGCCUAAUGGGACGCAGGUCGAUUGGAGGGAGUGGACUUGGAACUCGUCCAAUUGGGCCUUCGACGAAGACGAACAUCCGAUCAUAUGUGGAAAUGUCACUGGUGCCAGACACUGCAAUGAGAGCUACACGUGCCUUUGCGUAGGUCCCAAUCCAAAUCACGGCUACACGAACUUCGACAAUUUUCUGUGGUCAAUGCUCACCACUUUUCAGCUGAUUACCCUGGACUACUGGGAGGAUGUCUAUAACAAGGUGUUGUCAGCGUGUGGGCCUAUCAGCGUUACGUUCUUCACGGUGGUCGUGUUCUUUGGAUCGUUCUAUCUCAUCAAUCUGAUGCUCGCUGUUGUGGCAUUGAGCUACGAGGAAGAGGCUGAGAUUACAAACGAGGAACGAAAAAAAGAUCUAACUGAUCACCGCGAAGACUCGACGUUUAGUUUUGACCCCACGAAAAUCAACAUCAAGACGUUAACGAAGGAGAAGCAGAAAAAAAUUGACGCAAGAAAGGGGGUUCUGCUCAGCAGUUACACGAGAAAGAAAACAAGAAGAAGAAAACGCGGAAGAAGCACGGCUGGACAGGAGAAGAAUGGUGGUGCCAGGAGCAGGUCAGUGACACCGAGUCCAAGUCCAAGCCCGAGGCAUUCAAAUGCUCGGCCCUCAAAUCUUCCACUCCAAGUGGCCCCAAAACCACCUGAUCCAAUCCAUCGACUUGCUCCUCAUCGAAACAUGCUACACUCGAGACAAGCAAGCAACAACAGCAAUCAACAGUCAUCAUUGGAUGAUUCCGGGGUUGUUGAUGAUCAUGAUGGGGAUGAUGUUACAUCCGCCGAGGAACAUGAGAGGCGAGAGCACAGAGUAGAGAGAACAGAGCGCCUACAGACACAACAAGUAACUGGAAUUGCUGAACGCACUCUACCACCACUAGCGCCUGUUACUGUGUCUGUUAGAAGUAGGAGUAGGGAGAUCAGGGUACUAAAAUGCAAUGGAGUUAAAACAAAAAAGCAGUUGUAUACUUUACCACCCGAGUAUCUUUCACACAUUGUUGUUCUUGAUGAUCUUCCCGAUCGAAACUGUGACAAAUGUAUCCAAUGUUGUGUGGACUACGAGGGCUGGCUUCGCUUCCAAAACUGUCUCUACAAGGUGGUUCGAGAUCCUCUCUUCGAGCUGACGAUCACCCUCUGCAUUGUCCUGAACACCGGCUUCCUCGCCCUGGAGCACCACGGAAUGUCCGAAUCUGUCCGCCAAGCCUUGAACAUCGGUAACAAAGUCUUCACCAGCAUCUUCACUUUCGAGUGCUUCCUGAAGCUCCUCGCCCUCAGCAAGGAUUUCUUCAAAAACGGCUGGAACAACUUCGAUCUGAUUAUCGUCUCUGCCUCCCUGAUCGAUCUGGCCUUCGAGCUCGUCGACGGUCUCUCAGUCCUCCGAGGAUUGCGUCUCCUACGUGUCCUCAAGCUCGCCCAAUCUUGGACGACAAUGAAAGUCCUCCUCAGCAUCAUCAUCUCCAGUAUCGAAGCGUUAGGAAAUCUGACCCUCGUUCUCGUAAUUGUCAUCUACAUAUUUGCCGUGAUUGGCAUGCAACUCUUCAGUAAAGACUACACAGCUGACAAAUUUUUCCCCGAUCCAGUCCCUCGCUGGAACUUCAAUGACUUCUUCCACUCAUUCAUGAUGAUAUUCCGAAUUCUUUGCGGUGAGUGGAUCGAGCCCCUCUGGGACUGCAUGAGAGCCGAAAAGUAUGAAGGGCCUGAAACGUGCUUCGCAAUAUUCCUACCAGCCCUAGUAAUGGGUAACUUUAUGGUGCUCAAUCUCUUCUUGGCCUUGUUGCUCAACAGCUUCAACUCAGAAGAGCUCAAGCAGAAGAAGCAAGAAGUUGGGGAAGACUCAAAACUAGCCAAAUCAUUCGAUCGAAUAAGAUCAAUAGUUCGUAAGAAGAGAUACAGAAAGGAGAAUUCGGAGAAUAAGAAAAAUAUGAGACUUGAGCAGAUUGUGAGGGAGGUGAUGGACAAGUCUGAUAAGGAGAAGUACGCGAUACAGGAGACUGUGUUGACUCUACCAAAAGAGAAUAUCUAUAAUCGAUCGUACCAGGAGAGUCUGAAUCAACCAGUGUUCACGUAUGAACCGAUUUACCGACAAGCUACGGUUACGACUUAUAGCCAGAGCAGUCAGGAGACUGUGAGGAGAUUGGAUGACACCAAGGCAGAUAGUUGUGAGACUAAUGCUGAUGAGAAUAUAGAGAUGGAGGUGCUCAAGGAGCAGACGAUCAUGCUGCCUGAGGCGACGGAGAAGCAGCCAGUUCUUCAGGAGAUGACGACACCUCAGAAGAAGGACAACAAUCGGUUAGAUAAGAGACCCUGGCACGCGUUGGUCAGCUACGUCGAUGAGUUGACAGUUGGUGGUAGAAGAGACAGUAAGGGAAGGUAUAUCGAUGGUUUGGGAUCUUUUCCUGGUUUCGGGAGAAAUAAACGUGAUAAAGUACCUCAGGACUGCUUUCCACAGCACUGCUAUCAAAAAUGCAGCUGUAUAAAUCAAUGUAUCGCAACUGAUCUGGGUAGAAAAUGGAUAAAAGUACGAACAGCUGUACUCUCUGUCGUCGAUACACCAGCAUUUGAAUGGAUGAUUCUCGUAUUUAUAUUUUCAUCAUCCGUAACACUUUGUUUUGAGGAUAUUUAUCUCGAUGACAAUCCAUUUCUCAAGAAUAUAUUGUACUGGACGAAUCUCGCAUUCUGCGCAUUAUUCAGCGUUGAGAUGCUGCUCAAGUGGCUUGCCCUUGGAUUUUGUAAAUACUUCACCAGUUUCUGGACAAUUCUGGAUUUUAUAAUUGUUUUCGUAUCCAUGUUUAGCCUUUUGAUAGAAGAAAAUGAAAACCUCAAAGUGCUGAGAUCGUUGAGAACUCUUCGGGCACUGAGACCACUCAGGGCAAUCUCGAGAUGGCAAGGCAUGAGGAUUGUAGUGAACGCGUUGAUGUACGCAAUACCCAGUAUUUUCAACGUGCUCCUCGUUUGUCUCGUGUUCUGGCUGAUAUUCUCCAUAAUGGGAGUUCAAUUCUUCGGUGGAAAGUUUUUCAAGUGUUUGGAUGAGUACGGCGAGCUUGUAGAUAUUUCGAUAGUGAACACAAGAAAUGAUUGCCUGACGAAAAAUUACACUUGGGAGAACAGCAAGAUAACUUUCGAUCACGUUGGUAUCGCUUAUUUGGCACUAUUCCAAGUUGCUACCUUCGAGGGCUGGAUGGAAGUGAUGGAGGACGCAGUGGACGCUAGGGGCGUUGAUCUUCAACCGCAGAGAGAAGCUAAUUUGUGGGCCUACAUAUAUUUCGUUAUAUUUAUCGUCUGUGGUUCCUUCUUCACGCUCAAUCUGUUCAUUGGAGUUAUCAUUGAUAACUUUAAUAUGUUGAAGAAAAAGUACGAGGGUGGCGUGUUAGAAAUGUUUCUGACCGAGAGUCAGAAGCACUACUACACAGCCAUGAAAAAGCUCGGUCGUAAAAAACCACAAAAAGUCAUAAAACGUCCGCUGAAUCAAUUCCUAGCCAUGUUCUACGACUUGUCCAACUCGAGAAGAUUUGAAAUAGCCAUCUUCGUCUUGAUAUUUUUGAAUAUGCUGACAAUGGGAAUAGAGCAUUACAACCAGCCGCACCCAAUAUUCUUCCUCCUGGAAGUGUCCAAUGCAUUUUUUACAACAGUAUUUGGCCUCGAGGCGAUUGUGAAGAUAAUUGGUCUGCGCUAUCACUACUUCACUGUACCCUGGAAUCUAUUUGAUUUUCUACUCGUUCUUGCAUCGAUACUUGGAAUACUCAUGGAGGACAUUAUGAUUGAUUUUCCCGUGUCCCCGACGCUCCUGCGAGUCGUGAGGGUGUUCAGAAUUGGACGUAUACUGAGACUUAUCAAAGCAGCCAAGGGAAUAAGAAAACUAUUGUUCGCACUUGUCGUCAGUUUGCCGGCUCUCUUCAACAUCGGGGCAUUGCUCGCCCUUAUCACGUUCAUAUAUGCCAUCAUUGGUAUGUCGGUUUUUGGACAUGUGAGGAAGCAGGGUGCACUCGAUGACAUGGUGAAUUUUGAGACCUUUGGUCGGAGCAUGCAGCUGUUGUUUCGCUUGAUGACGUCGGCAGGGUGGAAUGACGUCCUGGAGUCUCUAAUGGUUCAACCGCCGGACUGCGAUCCCACCCCAACCAGCCGGCAGUUGAACGGAGACUGCGGAUAUCCUCUCCUAGCCAUAACAUACUUUACGUCUUUUAUAAUCAUCAGCUACAUGAUUGUUAUCAACAUGUACAUCGCUAUUAUCCUGGAAAAUUUCAACCAGGCGCACCAAGAAGAAGAGAUCGGCAUUGUUGAGGAUGACUUGGAGAUGUUCUACAUAAGAUGGUCCAAAUACGAUCCUCACGCUACUCAAUUCAUACGAUUCUCCCAACUUAGUGAUUUCAUCGCAAGCUUAGACCCACCUCUGGGAAUAUCAAAGCCCAAUGUUGUUGCAUUGGUCAGCUUUAAUCUUCCUAUAGCCAAGGGCAACAAAAUACAUUGUCUGGACAUCCUUCACGCUCUCGUCAAGCACGUACUCGGACACGUUGAGGAGUCGGAGGAUUUUCGUAAAUUGCAGGAACAGAUGGAUGGGAAAUUCAAAAAACAAUUUCCAACCAGAAAGGAAUUGGAAAUUGUCUCAUCUACGAGACUUUGGAAGCGGCAGGACAAGGCUGCCAGGCUCAUACAGCGUACAUACCGUGAAUAUAUAGCAAUGAAGAAAGAGAGAGAGAGAAUAGCGCACGAGGUGGAUUCCCAGACCCAAACAUCGAGCCCGGGUGGCGUGGGGAGCGAAGGCAGAGGCGGUGGGUGGGGUGGUAAGCUGUCGGCCCUUCUCCACGUACAUCGGGGCAGUCGGGCCAGUAGCCGCAAGUCCUCCAGGGCCAGCGACGCCAGCGAUCUCAGCGAGUUAGGAACCGCGUCAGCAUGGCUAUUUCCGAAUCUUCCACUCUUGCUGCUCUCCGGCGCCACAGGUACUCAUGAGGACCUGCAGCCCCCCGCCUUAACCGUAUCCCGUCCCUCGCCAACCAUGGAACAACCCUCGGCGAUGUCUGCCACCUCCAGCUCUGGCUCAGACUCUCACGGCACUGUCAGAUCAUCGGGAGCGACGCUGGGUCGUCAGGACGCUGUGGAGUCCUACCCAGACGACGAUGCCCUGAGUCCCCCGACGUCAAAACGAGGCUCAAUGAGGCCCAGUGGCACUGCCCUCUCCCUGAACAUUCUCCAACGUGACAUCAAAGAUGCAUUCACAAGGCGGUGCAGUAGCCUGAGACGAAGAUCAGCAGUUCCAAGUCCUCUGGCAAAUGAGCCAGCUCCUCUGAGGAUACCUGAUCGCACUGAUGUCAGUAUCCUAGUGACGGAGCCAAGUCCUGAGAAUACAAUACCCUCGGGACGACCUCCAUUGCUGAGGCAACAAUCAGAGGCAACUGUUGUUCACGUUCUUGUUCAUCGCGAGAGCGAGGAGUACCAGGAGACACCUGAUGACAGCUGAUCGUAGCGUCCUCAAGGACAUCAUUGUCAGGGAAUUAUUUUCAUCAUGUGUGAGAAAUUUUUUCGAUUCUCUGCUUUGUUAACUGAUGGAAGAAAAAUCUUGUUUUAUGUUAUCUAAUGCGAAAUUAUACGAAAAUCAUUUAUUAUUUUAUGUUCUAUUGUAAACAAAAAGUUGUUUUUGAUAAACUUAUUUUUUUGGUGUGUUUGAUAAAUUCGGUGAAGGAGAAGUAGAAUCUUCUUCUCUCCUUCCUGACCACGCAAUGUGCUACGCAUGCGCAGAUUGCGCAGUAGGAUGCGCAGGUGCGCCACGAGUGAAUCGACGCCAUCCAGGCGUUUUUCACAUGGAAGAAAAUAUGAACAUGAGAGAAUACAUAUUUGGAACAUUCCCCGCCAACUCAGCCACCUGGAUUGUUUUGAAUAAGGAAUUUCUGUGAAUUUUUCUCACCUUAACACCACUCUUUCGCCUAAAUCUGAAGAUAAUAGCUCCAAUUUUCAGAAAAAUAUCUUGCGAACAAACAGGCGGAUUUGAAGAAAUAAAAACUGAUUCCUUCUGUUUUUUUCAAGUACUUUUCAUAGAAAAAUACUCCAGUACAGCAAGUCAAUGGUUUUUCUCCUUUACUGGAAGGCGAUAUCAGAAUACACAAUUUUGAAUUAGGAUUCAUUAAUAGCCAUGGUGCGUGAUUUGGCAUAGAAUGUCCCAUAUUUCACUAAUGUUUACCAUGUGGGGAAAUUUAAAGAAAGGAAGUUUCGAAAACUGGAAUGCGGCUGUGAUUGUUGAAUUAUUUCGAAAAUUAUCAGAACAGUUUACGCGCGAAAUUUCAUGAACUAUAAACAAAAUUCCUGAUAUUUUUUCCUAUCCCUUUUCAAUUUUAAAAAAGAGUGAAAAAUUGAAAUGAAAUUUUUCUUCCAUUCCAAAAUAAGAAACAAAAUGCGUUAAUUACCCUUCAUCUUCUCAAGACGCCUCCGAGUCUUCCGCCAAUUUUACAAUCUCUUACCCCUUUGUUUCAUUUUUCAAAUAAUGAGCGAGAAUAUUUCAGAAGAGGAUCCUAAUUUUUUCAUAUAAAAUUAGAUGAGAGCCUGAUAAACGUUACUGCCUCGUAGAGUGAAAGCACACGAGCGUCGCGAAGAUUGCUCGUAAUUCCGAGGGAAUGACCAGCAAAUCCCAAAGCUGAUUAAAUAAAACAUGCCAUAACGUUUCUGUCGACUCAAGUGGAAUAACAAAUAAAAUCCAAACGAAUGAAUUAAAUUAUAAUGAUUUACUGUAAUCAUUCCCUCGGAAUCACGAGAAACCCUCUAAUGAUGCCUCAAAUCCAUUAGAAUUUAAUGAACAAAUUUGAAAAACAACCGAAUGCUUGAUUUGAUUGAAGUUAACGAUAGUAACGCAUUUGCAUAGAAAACAAAAGCGGAUUUAGAGAAUUUGAAUUUACCGUUAUUGAAUUAACGCAGUUAAGUAGGUGUAGGCACGUUUAGAGGCGGUGGGAGGACUAUUAAAUUUAUGGUAUCGUCAGCACAUUGAUGAUAAUGAGUUGUUAUCAAAAUUGCUUCAAUAACAAAACCCGCUGAUAUCCCCACAAAAUCAACAUUUUCGUAAUUUCUGGAAAGUGCCCAAUUUUUUUCAUAAAUAUAGGGCCUUUUCCAGGAAAUUUUCCAGGGCCUAUAAAAAGAAUAAAUUUUCCCAACCAUCUUUCUGAUUUUUCCAUUCUUUCUUGGCUGAGAAUACACGGCGGAGAGUUUUCCCCGCAUUCCAGCAGUUUGUUUUACUCCUAAGGCAUCUUAAGAUGAAGUACUUUUAAGGUGUUUUCAAAACAUGAACCUUAUCUUAUUUUAUCUCAUUCUGGGAUAUUGUGAAAUAUUAUCUUAUAUCUAGAAAAUGAUUCCUCCAAAUUUCUUUUCUUCAAGAAUAUCUUCAAGUCAGCGAUGAGAAAAUAGAUUGUAGACAAGAAAAUUGUUCUUUUUUGAGGAUUUUAAACCAACGAAUUGAAGAUGAUCUAAACAGGAUCAAUAAUUUUAUGAAAUGUUCAAAAAUGCGAGGUGGGUCAGGUGCGGCCGCCGCCAUCUUGAUGGGGUAGCCCCUCCUUCUACCGGAAGAGGCUUUAAAGAUGGCAACGUCCUCACCUCGUAUUUCCAAACCUUCCCCAAUACUAUUUAUGCUCUUCAGGUCACUCUCAUCUCGCUCAAUCUAGUUUCUAUAAAAAGAACAAAUUUUUCAACCCAUUUUUUAGAUUUUUCCAUCCCCUCUGGGCUGAGAAUUUCAAUAGUUUUUUUUUACAUCCGAGGUAUAUUAAGAUGAAAUAUUUUUCGGAUAUUUUGAGAACAUGAACCUUUAACCGUCUUAUAUCUAUCAAAUUAAUCUUCAAUUUUUUUUUCAAUCGUAUCUUCAAGUCACCGAUGAGAGAAUAGAUUUUAGACAAAAAGCGUAACAUUGUUUCUCUCAAUAUUGCUUUAUCAUCAAUGAUCUGACAAUACCCAACACAUGUAUUAUAAAAUAUAAGUCAAUUAAUGAUAUCUGUUAUAUGGAAAAGCUAGUUGAAUACCUGUAAUAAAUGGAAAAAGAUCGUCAUUAGCGUUAAAAUUUGGAAGUGAAAAAUGUGUAAAUGGAAUGAUAAUUAAAUGAAACUAGAAACAAUCAUAUACGAGGGUGCCUUAAUAGCACCCACACUUUAAUACUGUAGAUAAUUAUCUCGAGUCGCGAUUGAUUUCCAGAUGCAUCACGUUAUUACCACUGAGAUUUUAUUAUAAAAUAACUAUAAAUAUAAUUAAAAUGAAAUUCAUCAGACUCGAUGAGUGCAAUUCGAUACGAAAUUAAUGCGCUAAUUAUUAUUGUUUAGACGACGAUCGAAGAAAGUGGAAGAUAAUUGCAUCAAUUAUUUAUUCAAUUAAUUAAAUUAUAAACAUGAAGAUGCUUGAGGAAAAACGUUGAUAAAACAAAAAAAAUAUCUAAUGCUUCGUUUUAUUCGCAUUUUAAAGCUCAUUUACAAAUUUCAUAAAUAAUUAAUAUCUACGAAUUGACUAUACUUCAAAUAAUUGGAAUGAAAUUAUUACAUUAACAAUUAUUACGAGAAUGCCAGAAUUUUUUACGACUGUUUGAAUAUAAUGAAAAAUGUAUCGAAGCAAAUAUAAUUAAUGGAAAAGAAUACCAAUUAAUGCGCAAUUAAAACUACAAAAAUAUGAGCUUUCGAAUGAAUUACUAGGUGCGUACGAACAAGUCACAUUUUGUAAAUAAUAUUAACGUGUAUGCUAUACAUAAUAUAUUAGAGAGAGAAAAAAAACAAACGUGAGAAAAAAAUAUAAAAAACAGGGGAUUAUAAAUUAGAUUUAAAUACUCUGAGUAUAGCAUAUCAACGAAGAAUAAUAGAGAAUAAUAAUAAAAGUGCAAAUAUAGCCCUAGAUUAUUCACGAAAUUAUUAUUGUGCACUGAACAUUUUUUGCAAUGAUUUAACAUACACAGGCGACAUGGGGAGAAUUUUAAAAUACACAGAGGCACAAAAAUUUGUUAUGAAUUUAUUCGUCAUUAAGUAAUUUAUUCGAUAAAUAGUGGAAAUUAUCUUUUUCUCGAAUUAUUAGCGUGAGGAAAAUGUUAGUUGCUUGCGAUUUUUUGAAGGUUUAUGAGAGGUGAAAGAAAUAACGUUAAAUGUUUCGGGAUUUUCCAGUGAUUAGUGAUGAAGCUUGGGGUAUUAAUGAAAAUUAUCAAAAAUGACUGGUUACGGUGGCCGGAAUGUCCGAGGGGACUUAUUUUAUUAUCGAGAGACUGUGAAUUAUUUGCCUCGAGAGUUUCAGAUAUUAAUAGCUUCCAUACUUUCAUAAUUGAAUCAUUAAUGAGUUUUGGGGGAUGAAAAAAUGGGGAAAAUGUUGUUGGAGGAUCAUAUUGUUCAUCAUAUCAGAAGAUCAUGCCAUUUUUUCGUGAUCGACUUGGGUUGAAGACAUUUUUGUCUUUUUUUCUUCAUUUACAGAUUUUUUUGCAAAUCUCAGAAAGUAAGAGGUUUGAAGAUUGUGUACUGUAUACCAAGCGCGGAAAGUCAUGUUUUCUCCAUCCGCGGUGCCCAUUAGGGUGCCCGUUAGUGCAUUCAUUCCAGAAUUUUUUUGUCGCCAAGAGCUUUGUUUUUUCCCAUAAGAACAAUACGGGAUUUUCUUGGAAAAUUCGUGCAGGUGUGUGAAACAAAUAUUACGAGACAUUUUUGUGACAACUUUCGUGGACUGAAAAUGUCUUCUACUAUAUUUUCCUGAAAGAAAUUUUAAAAAAAUGAAAAACAAACUGGAGAUUUUGUAUCGUGGUAUUUGCAAAAAAAUCUGUGUUCUCAUCACCAAUAAAAAAUCGGCGCCCGGUGUGUUUUCUGCUUGUUUCGUCAAGGGGACUAUUUAUUAAAUAAUUUCCGCAUCCGCUAGCCACAAUUGAAACAUAAGGUAAUUUUUUAGAAUUUUUUUCUCAAAAAAAAUCGGCGAAAAAGAAACAUUUUUUAUUUUCAUAAUUUUUAUUUACCGAAAAAAUGUAAUAAAUAGUCCUCUCAAUGAAUGUUAAAAAUUAUAUGAAUCGUCAUUGACAAUAUUAAUCGCUCGAACUGUAAAAUAAAGUAAUAUUAAGACCAAUGUAUCGGGUGGCUUCGCGAAUAAACCGAGUGACUCACCAACGAAGUCAGUAAAAAUGGAAAAAAAACUUGACUCAAAAAAAUUAAUUUAAACAAAUGGACAAUCGGAUUGCUACGUAACCACCUCGUACAUCGCGAUCUACAAUCAAUGGCCUAUGUAAAACGUUAGUAUGAAGUGGCAUUAAUUAAUGUCUUCAGUAAAACAAUUAAUAGAGCAAAAAAACAUUAAGUAAAAUUAACUAGACGUUUAAUGUUUUCAUAUUGUUCCACGGUUGAGCAUAAAUUCACACUGUGGAAUGAGUAAUUUAAAUGAAGAAUAGACAAAACGUAUUGCGCCCACCACUCAAUUGAAACAAACAAAAAGGAGAGAAUGAAAUACAAGAAAAAAAAGGAACAAAAAAAAACUGAAAAAAGAGAAGAUUUUUAUUUUGACCGUUGAUAAAUGAGAAACGGGACUCAAGUUUUCGUGAUAAUAUUGAACAUAUACUUACGGUUAACUAAUAAAUAAGCGUAUGAGUUUUAGUAUGAAGAAUAAUCGAGCGAGAGAAAACAAAUGAAUAAAACCUUGAAUUUUAUUGAUUAAAAAAAUUAAUUAACGCGACGCUGUGGAUUGUUGCUUUCGACACUAGCUCCUCCCCUCAAUUACUCAUAAUCCCUUCACUUAAACCCUAGAGAAUAUAGAGAAGAAAAUUGAUUAAUGCUGAGACAAUUUUUGGAACUUUUUGGACUAUUAUUCAUCUAUAAAAUAAACUAAUAAUAAUUCAUGAAUGUCGAAUGCACUGUGUGCUCGAUCGCGCUAUCCACAACUGUCAAGAAUGUCUAUUGUAUCUCUAGGGGCAUGAUAAGAACCUGAUGAAAAUGAUGUAAAAUAGUGAGCUGAGACAAGUCCAAUGAUGCGACAGAAUAAAAUAAAUUAUAAUCAAGUGUA